AUGUAUGAGGCGAUCUCGGAUCUGUGGCAGGAGAUCGAGUCGGUCUUCUCGCACGAGUCGCUGGCGGCGGUCAGACUGGAGGCGGCGGGUGCACUGGGGAAGAUCGGGGAGGCGGUUAGGGUUAUGCUGGCCCAAUUCGAGGCGGCGAUCAAGAAGGACUCCUCGAAAGCGCCGUCCAGCGGCGGCGUCCACCCGCUCGCCCGCUACGUGAUGAAUUUCCUAGUUUUCAUCGCCGAUUACAGCGGGGCGGUUUCCGACAUAAUCGGCGAAUUUCCGGUGAGUGCACGGACGCCUUUGCCGGAAGCGUAUUUCUCUAGCCCCAUCUCCGGCAGCGGAGAUGAUCCGUCGGCGGCGGAGAUCACUGCUAGGCUGGCGUGGCUCGUCCUCGUCCUCCUGUGCAAGCUCGACGCCAAGGCGGUGGACUACAACGACGUGGCACUGUCCUAUUUGUUUCUGGCCAACAACCUGAACUACGUCGUUUCGAAGAUCCGCAACUCCAAUCUGGGGCUCCUAAUUGGGAUCGAGUGGAUCUUGAAGAACCGGUCAAAGGUGAACCAGUACUUGGCCAAAUACGAGAGGAUGGGUUGGAGUGAAGUGAUCUCCUCACUGCCUGACGAUCCAACGGCUGAGAUUAGUCCGCAGGAGGCCAAGGAACGGUUUAGACGGUUCAACCAGGGUUUUGAGAAAGCAUACAAGAAGCAGAUAUCAUGGGUCAUACCCGACCCGAAAGUACGGGACGAGGUCAAAAUAUCCCUUGCCAAGAAAAUUGUCCCCAGCUAUCGGGCCUUGUACCGGAAACAUCGAGAAUAUUACAGCGUGGAGGUUGGCGUAGAGGCAAUUGUCAGAUAUGCCCCCGAGGAUUUGGACAAUUACUUGUCGGACUUAUUUUUCGCUGAUGCUGGUGGGACCGGUGGAAGUACGACGCCGUCAUAUGGGAGUUCGAAAUUAUCUUCGCAUGGUCGUUGA